CGCGACGACGGCGCGCGCGCGGGCUGGGCGCGGACCGGGCGGGGCCGGGCGGCGCCGGUGCAGGCUGAGGCUGAGGCUGAGCCGGCGGUGGAGGAAAGCGGUGGCCGCGGGGACGGUGUUGGCGCGCCCGACUUCCGUCCGCCUCGCCGCACGAUCUUUCGACGCGGUUUCGGGCCCAGCGGACUUCGUCCCUGGCCAUGGACUCCCAGAAAGAAGCUCUACAAAGGAUCAUUUCAACCCUGGCAAAUAAAAAUGAUGAAAUUCAGAACUUUAUUGAUACACUAAACCAAACACUAAAAGGAGUUCAGGAAAAUUCUUCUAACAUACUUUCGGAGUUAGAUGAAGAAUUUGAUAGUUUAUAUUCUAUUUUGGAUGAGGUGAAAGAAAGUAUGAUUAAUAGUAUCAAGCAGGAACAAGCUCGUAAGUCACAAGAGUUACAGAGUCAGCUCAGUCAGUGUAAUAAUGCCUUGGAGAACUCGGAAGAACUACUAGAAUUUGCAACACGGUCACUAGAUAUAAAGGAACCUGAAGAAUUUUCAAAGGCUGCCAGACAGAUCAAGGAUAGAGUAACAAUGGCUUCAGCCUUUCGCCUUUCUUUGAAACCAAAGGUCAGUGACAACAUGACUCAUUUAAUGGUGGAUUUUUCUCAGGAAAGACAGAUGCUGCAAACUUUGAAGUUUUUGCCAGUCCCUAAAGCUCCAGAGAUAGAUCCAGUAGAGUGUUUGGUGGCUGACAAUUCUGUAACAGUAGCUUGGAGAAUGCCAGAAGAAGAUAAUAAGAUUGAUCAUUUUAUACUGGAACAUCGGAAAACUAAUUUUGAUGGACUUCCACGUGUAAAGGAUGAACGAUGCUGGGAAGUAAUCGAUAAUAUUAAGGGUACCGAGUAUACACUAUCAGGCUUGAAGUUUGAUUCAAAGUAUAUGAAUUUCAGAGUACGAGCUUGUAACAAAGCUGUAGCUGGAGAGUAUUCUGAUCCAGUGACUCUGGAGACCAAAGCACUAAACUUCAGUUUGGAUAACUCAUCAUCCCAUUUGAACCUGAGAGUUGAAGAUACCUGUGUAGAGUGGGAUCCUACUGGAGGAAAAGGUCAAGAAAAUAAAAUGAAAGGGAAAGAGAAUAAGGGCAGUGUCCAUGUUACUUCACUGAAGAAACAUACAAGAAGUGGCACACCAUCCCCCAAACGGACAUCCAUAGGCUCCAGGCCACCAGCAGUAAGAGGCAGCAGAGAUCGUUUCACUGGGGAAUCGUACACAGUGCUGGGAGACACUGCUAUUGAAAGUGGACAACAUUAUUGGGAGGUCAAAGCCCAGAAGGAUUGUAAAUCCUACAGUGUGGGAGUAGCAUACAAGACUUUGGGGAAAUUUGACCAAUUAGGAAAGACAAACACUAGUUGGUGUAUCCAUGUCAACAACUGGCUUCAGAACACAUUUGCAGCAAAGCAUAAUAAUAAAGUCAAAGCCUUGGAUGCUACUGUUCCUGAGAGAAUAGGUGUAUUUUGUGAUUUUGAUGGGGGUCAACUUUCUUUCUAUGAUGCAAGCUCAAAACAGUUGUUGUAUUCCUUUAAGACGAAAUUUACUCAGCCAGUACUACCUGGUUUCAUGGUUUGGUGUGGUGGACUUUCUUUGAAUACUGGGAUGCAGGUUCCAAGUGCUGUGAGAACACUUCAGAAAAGUGAAAAUGGAAUGACUGGUUCAGCUAGCAGCCUAAACAAUGUUACUCAGUAAUGCUUACUCAGAACAUGUUUACCCCCCUUCUGAUUGGGUGACCUUUUCUGUGCAGUUACUAAUCACAGAAAUUUACGAGUGGUGGAAAUCAGGUUUGCUAUGCUCUGCUUUAAGGCCUGGAAUGUGUUAGCAUUAAGCAUCUAAUGCAAAGUACUCACGGGAACCUACUGUGCAGUAUCAUCAAGCAAGCAGAUACGAAAGCAAGAAACUGAUGUUUUGAAGAGUAAAUGGGAAGAAAGGCAGUGUUUAAAUAGUUAUAUAGAAACUCAUUUUUGUGUUUCUUGGAUUACUUUGGCUCUUCCAAUAUGUUUAGUUACAUAUGGUAGCCCUAGGACCUGAGAGGAAAGCAUUUAAAGCUUGUCGUCUUUUCUCUAUACUUUUUCUUUAUCUCAUCACUACCUAUUACUACAUUCUUAUACUGAAGCUUUAAGAAAAAUACAGUCUUCUAAGGUUUUCUAAAAAUUGAAAUAAUUGGUUGGGGAUGCUAAAAAGGUUUUCUUGCAAUGGUUUAUUUUUCUCCUUUUGUAAGUAGGUUGAGUUUUGCUAAAUUAUCCUCUUUUGUUUACUGACUAGAUUGUGUAUCAUUUUCUCUUUCCCAAAUACCAUGGUAUUUCUCUUGUGGUUAAAACUCAAAAUAGAGUGGAUAGAAGAGUUUCUAGACAUAAUAGCUUAAAAUCACCGAUACUUUAGUUUUUUACCUGCUGCACUAACAGUGGCAAAGGGAUAUGCUUUCUAUGUUGCCUUGUUUAAUUAGACUUCUUUUCAUUCCAUCAUUUUGGAUGAUGGAUAAGAUUUUUAAAAACUUUCUUUUCUGAUUUUGUUGUCUAGUUUAAUUCUACCUUUAAUAGUUAUCUUGGUAAAAUUCCCACUUGAAUUUGGUAAUAAUUGAUAAUUAUACUGAUUUUUAAUACUUCAAGUAGGAAUGAAAUGUUAUUGAAGUUAUAUAUAAGGUAGAAAAACUUACACCAUUUAAGUUUUAUCUCAGAAGGAUAGUUUAUAAAGGGAGGUGCCUGAAACUAUACUGAAGUCAUUUAUGUCUGCUUUUUAAUAAGAUUUGGAAUGGUUUAAACAAGUGUUUUGAAAAAUGUCUACAUAUCUCUGCUUUAUUUGCCACAUGAAUUUUUCAAACAUAACUAUUCAGAGGUUAUUUUUCUUUUAAUCCUUCUGCAACAUUCAUUUAUUUUCUAAAGGGGUAUAAUUCUUCCAAAAAUCAUCAUAGAAGAAUCUUUCCCAAACUUAGGGAAAAUGUGUUAAACAAAGAGUAAAAUCCAUGGUUAUUGAGUAGAACAUACCUAUUUUUUAAAAAAUUGGUUAAAAUUUGUAAUACAAGUUCUUUGAGCCAAACUGAAAGUUGUGAUUACAGUAUUUAAGGAUCCCUUGAGCAUUAAGUGGUCUCUGGAUUUUUCUUUCUCAUGUUGACUUUCUUUCAUUCUCAUUAUAAGUGUAUUGUUAUGACAGCCUUCUCCCAAGAAGUGACUAUUGCUGCUUAUAGCUGAGUUACCUUUUACAGAAAGGCCUGUGGAAUAGGUAUAGCUCAUUCUCUCUUAAAGUUUACUGCUUACUGAUAGGAUGUUUUGUUCAGUGGUAAAGCAAACCUAAAUGAGAAAUUUUAUUUGAACUGGGUAUUAUUUUCCCAGAAGACAUUUAUAUCUGCACCGUUGUCUCAUGACAUAUUGGUAGUUUUAACGACUAUAAGGCAGUUGAGAGAAUGAAAUAUGUCAAUAGAUAUCCUUUUGAUUCUCCAAACAAGUAUAAUUUUGGUUUUUGAUCUUCCUAGAGAUUUUGAAAAAAAAUUUUGGGUGUUCUGUUCCCUACAGUGGGAUUAUUCCAGGACCUAAGAAAACAGAAAGUUACAGUUCUCUUUCAUGGAGUCAAAUCUGAAAGCAGUAAUUUAGUGGUGGAGCUGCUUUAAUGUGAACAGUUACAUAUGUGUGUUUUAGCAAAAAUGACACAGAAGAAUUCUUGCCAGAAAUUCUUGUAUAAAAUUUUUUACUAUUCGAUCUUACGUAAUUGUGUCUUCUCUUUAAUUCAGUGCCUUCUUCCUCUGAGCGUGCUCCUGCUCCAUGCCCCAGGCGGCAUCAACUGAUACUUAAGCCAGAGACCAUUCUGUUACACUGCUGAGAGCCUUCUGCCGCAGGGGUAUGGAGGAGCGGGGAUAUCAGUCAGGCUGGAGGAGUGCGCCUGAGUCUUUCCUGUGCUCAUGGCAUCCUGUGAAGCCCUUCAUAUAAAACUUUCUAAUACUCAUUUGGAAAAUUUAUUUGAAGUAAUAACAAUUAUUACCUCAAAAUAAGAAUCUGAGGUUUUCCUCUUACUGUACUUCUUCUUAAAGGUCUCUAAAUAUAAAGAGCAAAACGUGUAGGGUUUUAAGUUUGUAUGUUAAGUUAAACUGGAAGAGUUUGCCACCCUAAUUUUCGAACUAGAAAAUAAUCGAUAGUGCCUAUUUAAAUAGUCUCACAUUAAGGUAACUGUUAACUUGACGAUAAUAUAUAACAUUCUCAUUGUCAUUUGAAUUAAAAAAUAUUGAGCCUUUUUGCUCAAUUUAAUGCAUUAUGGGAAGAUAGUAUACUCUUCCAGACAUUUUUUAUUAGCUUAUUUACUGUUUGUUUUGGCAGGUCAAACAUGAUUGCUUUCUGUAAAAGAAAUGCAUGAGAGGUUGAUGGUAAUGGAUGUAUCACAGGUAUAAAAAAAUUGUCUUAUAAAAACAUGCAUUUAGUAUUGCAUUUCCCUUUUAGCAGUUGAAUCCCAAACCGGUUUCAGUAAACUGGAUAAAGAAAUGAAGGAAUUGCCUUAAGCACUUUAGAAAAGAAUUUUUUUAGAAUUCAUCUUGACUAUUUGGGCUUACCGUGUCACAUAUGUCUUUAACUUUUGGUAAAUAUGUAUAUAUCAAGCAUUUAAUAACUGAGUGCACAUAGAAAUUUAAUAUACAGUGAUUCUUUGAAGGUUCCAGGUGUAGUAAACAAAAGGAAAGUAUUAGAGGUAUGCCUGUCUGUACAUGGGUUUUAUUGAUGGCAUCUGUACCAUGUCAACAAACCAUUAACUGCCACUGUAUAGCUAGAUGUGGCCUACUUUGUUCUGCAAACAGUAAUUUUUCCUAUGUUAUCAUUUAAAGAAACAUACUGGCUUGGUUUUAUUUGCUCAUUUAUUAAAGUAUGAACAGUAUCAUGUAUAAUUUGAAUUUUUUGUGACUGAUCUUUGGUGGUACAAAUAAUAAAAGUAAAUAAUUUGUAAUGAGAAUUUAAUAAGGCUAACAUACUCCAUUUCAUGAUUUACCUAUACUUCUAAAAUUAUAGUUACUUUUGUUUCAUUUGAAAACAUGGAAAAAAUUGGAAAAGGAUAUACACAGGAAAUGAUUAUUUCAAAGAGUAUUAAUUCUGGAAGAGGACACUGUAGACUUCUUACUAUAAAAUAUUGUGGAUUCCAGGCUAAAAUACUAAGGACUGUAUUUUCAAAUCAUCAUAAUCCUUUUUAUUUAAAAUUUUUUUAAUCACAAUUCUUUUUUUAAAAAACCCGUAUUUAUUAGAUCAGUGUCCAUUCAUUGGCUCAUUCAUACAACAGAUAUUUAAGUGUGAUACGGCGGCCAUGCUUUGUAUUUAGAUUUCCAUAAUUAGUGAAGUUUGAUUUACUGUGCAUAUAGUUUUGCUACUUUUGAGGAGUGUGACAAAGUUUGUAUGUUAAAAACAAUGUUUUGUUAAUAAGUCAGAAAUUCUAAAAAAUAAUUUUAUAGUUUAUAAAAAAUUCAAAUUAACUGCUUAUAAUAUGGUUCACUUUUAUAUAGUCACAUAAAAUGGGUCUAGAAAACUUCCUUGAUUUUAUUUUAAACUGGAUAUAUUCUUUUAGGGAAGUGUAUAGUCAGCAUACAUUUACUCAACACCCAAAUAACCAUAAAGUUUUUUGUUAUUUUUAACCAAAAUGUACAUUUCAUAAUGCUGGUACUGGAACAUUAUAAUAUAUCAUGAAUGUUUCCUUUAUCAUUACAGAACGAUUACCUCAUGUUCAGUAUAGUUUUAAUUUUGUGUGUAUCUUACAGUAUUCACAUUUUGCAAAUAUUUGUGACCCUGAUAUGCUUUGUUACCUGGAAUAUUUGAUUAAUGUAAAUACAUAAAGCUUUUUGAGUAAUUUGGAGUUUAAAUGGAUUGCAUUUGGUAUAUGUUGUUUUUAUUGAAAAGAUAUUGUUGGUCUUGCCAUAUAAAGGUUAGUACUGGCUUAUAAAUAAAUAAUAGAGAUUGCCAAGGUACUUUUCUCCUCAGACUACCCAAUUACUAAAUUAAAACAGUAUUUGUUAUUUCUGGGUCAAUAUAAGGUACUGACUUUUGAUUCAUAAUCAUUUGAGCUAUGUUAGUUUAACCUGAUAUAUUUUCUUAAUGAUACCCAUUCACUGUAAGUUGGUCCUGGGGAAUGGGCAUGUGGAGGAUUUCACAGUAUGUGGGCAGAAGAUGGGUGAAUGUGUUUGCCUUGGCUUGGAGCUUCAUAAGUUUGGAACAGUUUUAAAAUAAGUCAUAUUGUAAGUGAGUGGUUAAAAGGCCUUUUUAUUAGUAUUGGAAAUUUUUGGAGGGCCUAAGGGCAGUAAGAAUCCAUGUAUAUGUUUUUUAACAUUUUCAAUAUCUCUAAGGUACCAAAGCACAGAGUCUAAUUUACCAUUUAAGGGAGACUCUUUAAAAUCAAAUUUAUAACUAAUUCAUACUGUAAGAUAUAUAAUAAAGUUUUGGAGCAAUUUACAUUAAAAACCAAUAGUCUUUAAGAUUUUUGGAUAUAAUAUAAAAAGUAUUUUGGUUUCAUUUCUUUUGAAGUAAUUAAUUAAAUUUAAAAUUAAUCACCUUAGCUCUACCAUACGUAGACUAACUAGAUCUAUAUGACCUCUCCAUAAACUAUUUCUCAUCUUUGGGCCUCCACUGCCUUACAUAAAAUAAUUGUAACUUGUUCAGCUUAUCUCACAUUUGUGAGAAUUUGUGAAAUGAAAUGGAGUAUGUGAAAUUGUUUCAACACAGUAAAAUGCUAUGUAAAUGUAAGGUAUUAUUUUCAGUUAAUAAUGGAUUUAAGUGUUGGGAUACUUCUAGAGCUCUUUCUUUUAAUAAAGCAUGUGCUUAAAGUGGUAUCACGAGGACUUCAAAAAAAAAAAAACCUACAUGAACAAAAUGCGCUUUAACAUUCUUUAAUUUGUGUAUGACCUGUGGCCUUCUUGUAUUUUCUCAUCAAGCCUAUUGCUCUAUAUCAAGACUUUGUACAGUUGUAAACAUCUUUCGCAGCAUUAGUGUGUCAGUGUAGAAUAGUAGCAUAAGUAAAUGAUUUAAGCUGUGUUUCCAUUCAGGCAUUUGCACUUUCAAUUUAUGACUGCUCAGUGCCACAUGCAGAGUGAAUUUAGCCCAAAUAAUUAUUUCCAAACAACCAAAUAUUCAGCAGUUUGUUGUCAUGGGAUAAAUGAUAUUAGAUGUAUGUGUCCACUUAACAUUUGACACUUUUGUUGCAUUAAAAAAAUAUGAAGCAUUUCAAAACUUUGCUAAACCUGGGUAUCAUUUAGUAUCUCUCCUAACAUGUUUUGCUUUAAACUGGAUUUAUUAAAUGGUUUACAAGUUAUCUUGAUCUAUUGAGUAUUUGGUAUGUCUGUUAUCUGGACAUGGUUUUGCUAUGCAGUUCUGAUAAUAAAAAUUCUUAAUUCCUCAGGUUUAACUUUUAAGUUACAGAUGAAGAACAUUUCUAAUGAACUAUUUAAAAUGUACUCAAUUCUGCAAACUAGUGUUUUAAUAAGUGUAUUGCAUUAUCAUUGGAAAUAAGACAAAGCCUUUUAAACUUCAAACUAGAAACUUUUUAACUUUAACAUAGAGUAUUCAAAGUGGAGUAACUUGUAUGUUGAAAUGAUUGUAUGUUCUGUAUAGAAUGACCGAGUUAAGUUCUUACAAAAGCACCUGGAAUAUCUCAUCUAAAAAUUAAACUUUUUUUCUGCUU